CUUUACAAGGCUGAGAGAGCGGCUCCAGUAGACAGUCGGUCACAGAGACUGGUGAAUAAACUAUCUAAGUAAUAAUAAAACUGAGUUCAACUUUUUCUAUUGUGAUUGCUGUUGAAGUUUUCUAAGAACAUGGAGAAAGAUCAUCAGCCUGACUCUAUGGCUACGGUCACCAUCAAACCGGAGUACACCCCAUCAGAGAUUUAUGCUUCAUCAGAACCACCACCGGCAUACGUUAAACAUGUGUACGCGUCCGUCCAGGUGGCCAAAAUAAUCGCAGUGACCGUAGUUAUCUGCUCCGUAAUUCUUGGAUUCUUCCUGAUGGCAUCUGCAUACAUCACAGCCAAUGCUUCGUGCAAGCAGCUUGAGCAAGAAAUCGAACUGCUUGGUGAGGUAGCUGAUAGAUUCCAACUGCCUUUGCAGCCUGAAGCUCUUGUACAGGAAGCUCCACAACCAAUAAAACCAAAGACUGACGCAUUGAAGGCGGAAGAAUCUCAAAGUAGUCUGAAAUCGAUAGAGAACAACAGCAUUGCAGAAAAUGAUUCAAGUGAUAGCGACGAUGACGACAAUAACUCAGAAGAAGACAACAACGAAAAAACUGUACGUUUCAAGCUUCCCCUCCAAUUGGACUUCGACGAUCUGGCCGGAGCCCUCAUAGAGAAAAACCAACGUUCUAAGAUGAACUGCAUCGUAGAGAAGAAGAGAGCAGAACAAUUGGUUGACCACCAGCCCAAGACCGUUGCUCUACCUUUUGGACUCAACUUGACGACCGACCCUCGUUUCGAACGAGUAACCGGGGAAAGAAUGGCCAUAUUCUGCGAAAGUGGAACAGCACAAAGUGCCAGUCCAUCGAAGAAUCAGCAAGAAGAAAACAAUGAAGAUGAGGAUCAGGACGAAGAAACUAUUAUGAUCCAACCAGUCAUGAUUCCAAUUCCACAAAGCCAUUACCCUACCCAUAUGGCCCAACAGAUGCAACCUCAAAUAGUUCCUCAGCGUAUGGUUCCUCAACAUAUGAUCCAUCAGCAAAUGGUUCCUCCGCAGAUGAUGGCUCCAAGAAUUAUUCACCACCAAAUGCCUCAAUACCCACCACAACCCGAAUCCCAACAGAUCCAACUCCAAGAACACAUCAUGGUACAACCACAGCAUAUUCCACAACAACAAUUCAGGCCUUACCCUCCUCCACCAACUCCUAUGGAAACUAUGAGGCCACCAAUGCCCCACCCUCAGAUGGUUCAAGAAGAGCAAGGCAAUAACGGUUUCCCACCCAAUAACGUCCUCCGUCAGAUUGCUCAACAAAUUAUUGCCCAGAAAAUAAUGGAAGCACAGAAAGAAAAGGAAGAACAGCAGAACCAGGAAGCCAGACAACAAACUGAGAACUCUGAUGAAGAAAGAGUUAGAUUCCCUGGCGCUGAAAAUAUGAUGACUUCUCCAAGAAUGUCUAUUCCACAAGCUGUCUUGAACCAAUUGAGCCGUCUGUCUUCUAACAGAGACGUUAUUGUCGCCGUAGCAGAACCACCUAGCAAUGAGGAACAGCAAUCGCAAGAAGGGCAAAUGAACAUCAUCCAAGAACAAAGGCCACAAGAAAUCAGAGUGAUCCAGGAACCCAGGACCAACCCCUCCCAAAUGAACGGUCGCCAAACCUAUGCUAGAUCUAUGCCAAUAGAUAUUCCAGAACGCAUGAUGAAACAAGAACAAGAACAGGAACCCGAAGCACAAGCUACUGAAGAAUUAAGACCACACUAUGUACAACCAAGAUCUGUACGUGCAAAACGUGCUGUGGAUACCCUACUCGAAAAGUCUUCCAAGAGGGUGAAACGUUGCUCCUGUGACUGCUCCUGCUGAGAACAUCAGCCGGAAGGUUUGGAAUUGGUGGUUGAUAUCUUAUUUUUAUACAUAACUUGGAAUAUAUUAUAUUUUAUGUAAUGUAAAUAUUUGUAGAGGUAAACAUGUAUGGAACACAUAUUUAGGUAGAAUUUACUUUUGUGCAUAUUAUUAGACAAACAUUUGUAAUUUUCGCCUUGAUUUUGCAUUUGAUGAUAUUUGUCGACUCCAAAGUAAUUGUGAUAGAUUUUGUAACAAAACGGAAAUUUGGAAUAAACGAAAUUUAACAUGA